AUGGGAAAAUCAAAAAAAACUAUUGAUAGUAAAGAUAAAAGUAAGAAACAUAAAAGAGUAAAUGAACACUCGGAGAAUGAAUUAGACGAAGAAGAGAUUAAACAUUCAGAUGAAGAAGUUCAAGAAGAAGAAGUUGAAGAAGUUGAAGAAGUUGAAGAAGUUGAAGAAGAUGAAGAAGAAAGAAGAGAAAGAAAAGAAAGAAAAAGAAAAGAAAAAAAAGAGAGAAAAGAAAAAAGAAAAUUAAAGAAAAAAGAAAAAAAGAAUAGAGAUAAUAAUGAAGAUGAGGAUGAAGAUGUAGAUAGCAAUGAAAAUGAUGGUAUCGAUAUAGAUGAUGGAGAUGAAAAUAGUGAUCAUAUAGAUAAUGUAAAUAAUAAUAAUAAUAAUAGUAGUAGUGAUAAAGAUGAAGAAAAUAUUAAAAAUCAAAAUGAAAAGAAUAAAAAGAAAAAAGACAGUCAACAACAAAAACAACAACAACAACCAAAGAUUAUUGCUUACAAUAAUCCAUAUAGAAAUAAAAAUUAUAAUGGUAAAAGAUUUGAUGAAUUUAUAAUUGAAGAAUCAAAAAAAAGAAUACCAAUAAAUAACAACAGCAAUAACAAUAAUAAUAAUGAAAAUGAAACAAAUGAAGAUAUUGAUGAAAAUAAUGAUGAUUUAAUGUUUUCAUCACAAAAUCAAAAGAAAAAACAAAAAAACAAUAACAAUAAUAAUAAUAACAAUAUGACAAGUAGUAAAUUAGAUAUUGAUAAUCUAUAUUUAAUAUUUUUAUCAAUGCAAGAUGAUACUGAUGAAAUUGCAAAAUUUUUAACAAAAAGAAUUCAUGAAAGAAAAGAGAUAUUUGAAUAUAUUCAAGUUGUGAUGAAAUCAAUAAUGAGUGAAAAAGAUUUAAAGGAACAAAAAGAAUUGCGUGGUAAAAUGUUUGAAAAGUUUUUAAAUGAAUUUAUAACCUAUGAUAAUAUAGUAUCAAUUGAUGAAAAACAAUUAGAACAAUGUAUAGAUUUCUUAUUGACCGAAUGUGACGGACUUUCAAGACACACCUACCGUGAAAUUGCCAAUUUAAUAGCCGAUAGUAUUUCAACCAUUCGUAAACCACCCAUUCUUCAAUUGAUACCAAGAGUAUUUGAACAACUUUCCUAUCAAAGUGAUUGCAAAUCAGUGGUAGAUCAAGAAGCUGAUGAAUCAUUUAAAUCCUCAAUUGUCGAUACAAUUUGUAAACAAAGAUGGGAUCCUUUGGUAUUCAGUUUAAUAGUUUCAAUGUUUAAUGAUAUGACACUUACAAAAGCACAUUUGGAAUUGGUGGUCGCAAAGAUAUUUAAAGAUGGUAGAGAAUUACAUUUAGAUGAGUAUCCUGCAUUGAUGAAUAAUGUAAUGCUAUUAUCUAGACAAGGUUUAAAAGGUAAAAUUCUAUUUAGUAUUUGUGAAUUCUUUGGUGAAUUAGAUCUUCGUUAUCCACCUGAUCAUCAUGGAACUCAAGAUAAUGGUUUAUCAUAUAUAGAAUCAUUUGUAUUGACUCAAUUGACUCUUUCAAUUAGAUCAGAUCCAGAGAUUGCAAGGGAAUAUUUAAAACUUAAUCAAAAUCCAUCACAUUUUGUAAUUGGUCUAUUGAUGUCAAUGUCAAAGAUUCCAAGACAUAAACUUAUUGCAAUCGAUUGUUUAAAAUCAUUAUCAAAUCAAGUCGUUAGAAAAGGUACUGAUAAUAUUGAACAACUAUUUCUUGGUGCAGUUUCAAAGAAUUGGGAAAAUGUGUUAGAUCCAUUUGUAAACUUUGCAAUUAGUUUAAUGGAUAGUAAUGGUUUAGUAAUUACUGAACAAAUUAAAUCACUUCGUAUAGUUGGUGGUAAAAUUCUAUUUGAACUUUAUGUUAGACAUAAUUCAAUUCGUGAUAAGAUAAUCGAUGAAAUCGUUGGUCGUAUAGUAAUGAAAUCAAAUCAAAUCUCUCAAAAUUGGUUCAAUCUUUUAGGAAGAAUUGCAGAGGAACAACAAUUUACAAUUAGAAAAUAUCUUUCAAAAUUAAAAGAACUAUUUGAUUAUCUUCAAUAUUAUAACGCUUCAACUGUAAAACAAUUAAUUGGUGCUUUAAAACCAUUAUUACUUUCUGAUGGUGCUAGUUUUUUAAAUAAUGUUAUCAUUGUUUUAAAGAAAUCAAUGUUUGCACGUGAAGUUGAAGCAAGAGCUUCAGCUGUUACUGGUUUUAUUGAAUUAUUAAAAUGUGUUUCAGAAAUUUUAUUAUCAAUUAAUAAUAAUAAUAAUAAUAAUAAUAAUAAUAAUAAUAAUAAUAAUAAUAAUAAUAAUAAUAAUAAUAAUAAUAAUAAUAAUAAUAAUAAUAAUAAUAAUAAUAAUAAUAAUAAUAAUAAUAAUAAUAAUAGAAAUAAUAAUGAACAUUUAGAAAAAUUAAGAAAUUUUAAAAUUGAAGUAUUUAGUAAUCUUAGAAGAGCUUUAACUCAACAAUGUGAAAUUAGAUCUAUUUUAUAUCAAGGAUUUAUUGAUUUAAUUGGUUUUGAAAAAGGUAAUGGAAUGGAGUUUGCUGAUGAUAUCUUUGAAUUAUUAAAUAUUCAAUCACUUCAUUAUUUAGAAUUAUCAGGUAAUAACAAUUCACCAAUUAAUAUUGAUGAAUGUUUAGAGUUAAAACAAAAUCAAGUUUGUUUAGUUGAACCAAUUGAUAGAUUAAUCUAUUGUAUUCAAUAUUGUUUAAAUCAUGUUUUCACAAGAGAACAUGAAAAACUUUAUGAUCAGUUCUCAAAAGAAGAAGCUAAACAAAAUCCUCAACCAUCAACUCAACAACAAAAACAAUCAUUAUUUUCAAAUUCACAAUCUAGAAAACCAACUUUAUUAACUGCACAACAAAGAAUUAAUGUAAAUAGAAAAGUUUUAGAUUCUUUGAAAAACAUAAAGAAAUCCUCUUCACGUAUAGAUUUAGAGAAAACAUUUUUAAAGUUUGAAGCAUUAAUGAAUGAAUGUAGAUUAGAUUCUUUUGAACUUCGUAAAUUUGGUGUUUCAAAUACAAAAGCAGUUGCAGCUUCUCAAUUACUAAUUGGUGUAUUGGAAGCAUUAAUUGAAAAUUCUUCAUUACAAUUUCAACCUUCUUUUGGUAGAAUUUUAGCAUUAUUUUCACUUUAUAGUGAUAUUAAAAAUUUUCAAUCAGAAAAUCAAGCUGCUAUUAAAUCUAGUUCAAAUUCAAAUACAAGUAAAUCAAAAAAAUCAAAAAAAGGUUCUAAAAAUAAUGAUAACAAUGGUGAUGAUGAUGAAGAUGAUGAUAUAAAUGAUGAUAAUACAGGUAGUGAUGAAAAUGGUGAAAAUGAUGAAAAUGAUAGUGAUAAUAAUAAAAAAUCAAAAUCAAAGAAAACUAGUAGUAGUAGUAGUAAAACAUCUUCUUCAUCUUCAUCUUCUUCAUCUUCUUCAAAUAAUGUAACAUCAAAUGAAUUUCCAUCUCAAAAAUGUACUCAAACAAUUUUAAAAAUAAUUUAUAAUUCAAAUGAAUUUAAUAGAAAUAAUAUACAACAUAAAAACUUUUUAACUUAUAUUUAUACAACAUUAUCGAAUUUAUUAACAAAGUUAUCAAAUUCAACAAAAAGUUUAAAGAAAACUACAGAUUUGGAUUCACAUAAUAAAUCAUUACGUAUUACUAUGGAAUUCUUUAAAGAAAUUUUACCAUUUGUUUAUCAAGAAUUUUCUUAUCAAGAAUGGAUUACACCACCAAAAUUAGAAAAAAAGACUGAUACUAAAAAAGUUUUAGUUCAUUCACUUGCUCUUUCUUGUUUUUUAACAAUCGUUCAAUUUGUUAAUGAAAAUGGUAAUGAAGCAAAUUUACAUAUUGUUUUCAAUAAUACAAUUGAUGAAAUUAAGAAAAAAGAAUUUGAAAAGGCAGUUUUAUCCUAUAAAAGAGAUCAUGAAUAUUAUGAACAACAACAAUUACAAAGAAUUGCAAAAAGAAGUGGAAAAUCUAAACAACAACAACAAAACAAUAAUAGAGGUGGUAAUAGUGAUGAUGAUGGCGAUCAAAUUAUGGAAAAUGUUGAAGAGGAAGAAGAAGAAGAAUUAAUUGAACCAGUUGAACCAAAUAGAGAAUCAUUUAAACCUGAAAGAGGUCCAAAAGUUAUUCAAUCUAUUAGUGUUUGUAUUGAAACAAUUAUAGUUCAACAUUUAUUCCCAGAGUAUUACACUGAUUUGGAGUGUCUUUUUAAUAUUUUAACAAUAUUGUAUAGUCAUAUUCAAGAUGUUCAAACUUGCUUUUUAUUCCUUAAAAAGAUCUCCAGUAAGCAUGCAAUUGAAUCACCAACAUUGGCUAAUAUCAUUUUAAAAUCAAUCAUUGAUAUGUGUAAUUCAAAGAAUAGUCCAAUCACUGAAACUCUAGCCAAAUAUGUUUUAGCUUCACAAGGUACUUAUAAAAAUCAAUCACAACCAGUCGAUGCCUAUAAUAAACCAAUUCCACCAAAAGUAUUGGCAAUUAUUAAUUCUAAAACCGUGGCCACUGCAAUCAAUCUUUUAUUAUCGAAUGAAGAAUCAGUUAUUGAUCGUUCAAGAGAAAGAAUUUCACAAUUUAAAAAGGAUUGGAACUCAAUUGGUAAAUCAAUGUCCUCUUCAAAUUCUUCCAAUGAUAAAAUUGCUAUCGAUGCAUUCAAUGAUAGAAAUAAAUUGGCGUCAACAUUAAAUUCAACCUGUCAAGUAUUAAAUCAACUUGCAAUCACUAAAAUAGCUGGUUCGCCUCAUGAAAAAUUUUUAAAAUUAAUUAAAAAACUCUAUACCGUUUUAACUACUUUUAUUAAUUUCCUCAUUCAAAUUACAACUGGUGCUAUCACUCCUGAAAUUGAAGAUCUUAUCAAUCAAUCCUCACUACUUUAUUCUUAUGUCGUUGAUUUCAUUGAAUGGACUAAUAAUUCACUUGAAAAAGAUACCAAUAAUAAUAACAAUACUAAAAAGUUAUCUAAAUUGGAUUUACAAAGAAUGGGUAGAGAAUCCAAAUUAUUACCAACCAUUACAUUCACUUUAACUAAAUAUGAAACCACUGUUAUCAAGUAUCAAAAGAAAUUAGGUGGAAGAUUUAUAUUAGGUAAACACUUUAAAGAAAUUAAGUUUAGAGAGUUCUUUAUCGAUACAGAUAAAUUAGCAGGUAUUAUAACGAAUGAUGAUGAUGGUAAUCCGGUUAAACCCCCUCCAAAAAAAAAAAUUUCAAAACAAGCUCCAAAGAAAUCCUCUGCUGGUACCAAAAGAAAAGUUAGAAGUAAUGAUGAAAAUGAUGAUACUGAUGGUGUUGGAGAUAAUAAUGAUGAUGAUGAUGAUGAUGAUACCUCUCCAAAAAAGAAAAGAUCAGUCAAUGUUUCCAAACCAAAGAAACUUUAUCCAAAAUAUAAAAAGAAAUAA